AUGGCACCAUUCCAUGAGAAUUACACAAAGGAUGAAGAAGUGACACUGAGCUGCAAUGGUGGUUUCCAGCCGUCCUUCACCCAUGUCAAAUGUGCAGGGGGAGCUCAGGCACAGAAUUAUUCUGGCUCUCUAAACAACAACGUGUGGCUGGGGAGGAAAAACGGUGAUGCCUGGAUCCACAUUGAAGGGAACAUAGUUUGUAUUGAAACGUGCAAAAGGCCCCAAUGGGACCCAAGACUCCAGCUGGCACCAGACCAGGAGAAUUACAAGAAGAACGAAGAAGUGAUGCUGAUCUGCCCUAAGGAUUUCCAGCUCUUCUUCACCCAUGUCAAGUGUGUAGGAAAAUUCCCAUUCAUCAGCAAUGGGAAAGCAGUACACAGAGAAGCUUGGAAUGGAAAGGACAGCAGAGGUGACUGGAUCCAUAUUCAGUCCCAUGUGGAGUGCAUUGAUGUCCUCCAGGUUGUCUCUGAGAGCGUGGAGAUUACCAGCACCAGCAUCACACUGAAGUGGAUCUGCAGGCUCCCUGAUGCCUGUGAGCAUAUUCGGGCCAGGUGCCGGCUGGAAGAGCACUCCUCCCCUACCUGUGAGGCUAAGGAGGUGAAAGGAGAGAAGAUGCUUCAAGGCCAGGAGGGAACAUUCACCUGUCCCCCUCUGCAGCCCUUCACUGUCUACAGUGUCACCAUCUCCUUGCCCCCCAGCACGGUCCUGUACACACGUCUUCUCACAACAAAGGAAACAGUGCCGGACAAACCAGAGAAGCUGUGGCUGAAUCCCAACACAGGGUCCCUCUCAUGGAAGCCGCUGCCCCCCUGCAAAGGGAAGAUCAUCGGAUACCAGCUGAACAUCACAACCCGAAGAGCGCACGAUGACACCUUCCUUGAGUUCAAGCAGGUGGUGGUGAACCAGUCUGUCACUCAGUACACACCACCCCGUCAGACACCUGGAAGCAAAUACACGGUGGCAGUGCAGGGCCUCACGGUGGCUGGUGCUGGGGCUGCAUCAAUCCUGGAAUUUCAGACCUACAUCUCGGCGGACAUGAGGGCAAGGGAAGACUGUGCCUCGCUGCCUGACCCUGCAGCAUACAGGAUGGCAGAACCUGGACACGUGUGUCCACAGAUGGUGCACACGCCCAACGCCAUGGUUGGGGCCGUGGCUGGCACAUGGAGAAGGAAUGCCUUGCCCAGCAAACCCGAAGAGGACCAUUACACAGAGCUCCAGCCUUAUGAGAACGUGGAUAACUACUGUGUGGUCAAGGGCACUCUUCUGGCAGAGGAAGAAGCAGGUAAAGGUGGCCAGGCUGGAGAGAUGUUGCCUCAGACCCCGCCGGUCCUGGAGUCCUCAAGAGACAGUCAGAGCAGUGAGGGAGAGGAGAAGAUGAGGUUGAAGUCCCCGGCUCAGUGCUGA